AUGCCAUCUCUCAGUCUUAGUUCUCCUCUUUCUUCUUCUCCUCCUCAUCCUCUUUCAAGGGUCGGCCAUCUUUUUCUCCAACAAGGAGCAGCUGGCUCUUCGAUUGCCUUGGAUUCAGAAAGCCUGCUAGAGAAUCAUAAUAUACUUUCAAAAGAAGCUACACAAGCUUUGCAUGAUAAGGAAAAUUCUCAGGAAAACAAAAGCUCUCAAGAAAGUUCCUGUCUUUUAGAUGGGAAAGCUGUGCAAGAAAAUAUUAGUAUAAUGAGAGAGAGGUCAGUUUCUGCUUCUGCAAACAGUGGAAAGGGAGCAAUAAGGUUGAGGAAGAGGCCGGCGAGGCUUGUUGUGCCUGAGAAUUGUGGAAACUUGGGCUUGAAGAGUGAAAUGGAGAGAAAUUAUUUUGAGAUUGAAGGAAGAGAUUUCAUUUUGGCUAGUAAGAGAGGCAGAAGAGAGGUCAUGGAAGAUGGAUAUGGAGUCAUGGUUGAUAUUCUUGGAGAUCCUAAGCAGGCAUUUUUCGCUGUAAUUGAUGGGCAUGGCGGCCGAGCUGCGGCAGAUUAUGUGGCUGAAAAUUUAGGUAGGAACAUUGUUAAAGAGCUGGGAAAUGGUGGCGAAAAAGAUGUACAGUUGGAAGAUGCAAUUCGGGAAGGUUACCGUAUCACAGACAGAGAGUUUCUUAGCAAGGGAGUUAAUAGCGGAGCUUGCACAACUAGUGUUGUAUUGAAGAAUGGUGAAUUACAUGUAGCAAAUGUUGGGGAUUGUAGGGUAGUUUUGAGUAGGAAAGGAAUAGCUAAUUCUUUGACAGUGGAUCAUCGUCUAAACCGGGAAGAUGAACGACUUCGAAUUGAGAAUGCAGGUGGUUUUGUGAAUGACUGUAAUGGAGUUUGGAGAGUUCAAGGUUCACUGGCUAUUUCUAGAGCUAUUGGAGAUUUGCAUUUGAAAGAAUGGAUAAUUUCUGAACCAGAAAUUAGAAGUCUUCCAUUGACUUCAGAUUGUGAGUUCUUGAUCAUGGCUUCUGAUGGCUUGUGGGAUAAGGUAAACGAACAGGAGGCAGUAGAUGUGGUUUUAAGACAAAGCUCAUUAGAGUCUUGCAAAAAGCUUAUAGAGUUAUCAUGUAGCAGAGGCAACAUGGAUGAUAUUACAGUUAUGGUAAUCAAUCUUCAAAAAUUUGUGACAAAUCGUCCUUAAUCAGCAGAGUUUCACUUAAAAUUUUGAGCAAACGAAGAUUCGGGUGAAGAGAUUUGCUUCAAAGAAGUGAAACAAUUUUGUAUGAUAAAUAAGGAUGUUAGUGAUGUGAUCCAUGAUGUUAUAGGAGCCGUCCAAGACGUACGUUUCUAUUUUUAGGCCAAUCACUCGUUCAAGAGUCAAGAAACUUCAAACAAAACUUUUAAAGCUCCUUGGAGAGAAUACACUAUGUUGGGGAGUCUAGAGGCCCAAAGAAAGGAGUUACAGGCCCAUUCAUCUCAUUGCUCACAUUCUUGGAAAAUUAGCGUUGAAUGGUUAUGCAUGGAUUGGAGUGAUUGCAACAAUUUACAU